AGAGACAGCCCACAAUUGAUUUCCCACAAAAAGAAAGCUGUGCUUUUUUUCAUUUUCCCGCUCCUUGUCCUUCCCCUUCUCUGCUUCUACCGAUGCUUCUUCCACCACCGCCGAUGCUUCUUCCACCACCGCCGCUGCUUCUUCUACCACCGCUGCUGCUUCUUCUACCACCCCUGCUGCUUCCGCCAUCGCCGAUUGUCAGAUGAAGAACGUAGUUUCGAGGAUAUUCCAUCUUGAGUCGCCCCCAUCCACCCACACAACCAGAAGCUUCGAGUUGCCAUAAUCUGAAGAAAUCCUUCAACGAUUCUGCUUUAUUCAAGUUUCCCAGAGUUGAAAUCCACUCGGCUAGAGUUGUUCCAAAGCUUCUAGCUGGAAAACCCGAAGGCUGGAACAGUGAGUGAUUCCUCUGGUUCUGUCGGUGUAUCUUCUACUCUUUUUGAAGCUCAAGUAAAGUCCUCAUCUGUCACAGAUCUGUGAGCGUAAUUGAUGUAACAGUUUCUACCAUGUACAAUAUAAAAGAUGCUUGGCCAGUGAGUUCACAUCUUUUGUUUCUCUAGUUUUCCUUUGCUUUACACAAACAUAAGAAUUGAAUCGGCGUCUUCUUCCAUUGCGAUUUAAUGCAAUUUUCCAUCUUAUUCAAUUGCGGUACAUUGAUAUAAGUGACUGUCCGGUUUCAGGAGAGUAUCUAUGGCCUCGUUCGUAUGGGAUAAUGUGUAGGCCUUUUCUAACUGAUUUGCGUGACAUUUUUCCAACUGAUGCAAAUGGUAUUAAGUUCUAAUCUAGUUGCAGUGAAGCAAUAAAUCAUACAUUGAUCGACGUUUGUAGAGGGAACAAGUAUUUUGGAAUGUAAGAUCGAUGUUGGAUUAACACACUGUGAAGCCUGCAAAUAAGGAAGUUGCUUCUGACACUGAAACAAAUAUGAAGAUUGAGGGAUUUGUCCAGCAGUUUCACAUUUUCUUCAAAAUCUGCUAUUCUUGAAUCCCGCCUAACUCUCAACCCACCUCCCACGUUUCUCUCAACCUCCUCCCACCGACAUACCUUGCUGCGUUACGAAACUAACCACCCUCGUCAGAUUUCCGAUGAAUUCGUCUCUCUCCUCCUCACCUUCAGCACCGGCCAUUAACGAAUUCCUUGAAUUCCGUCUUCAACCUUUACGUUAGCAAAGUCAAAUCUCCCAGUAUAAGCUAUCUCACUCCUCAUCCUAUAAAUUCAUGAAAAAUCCCAAUUAUUGAAUUCACAAUUCGCCCAACAAAUUCAAGAUAAAUUCGUUGCUCUCUCUGGUUUUUAAUUGGAGAAAUUCAAGCAUACUCUGGUUUCUUAAUUGCUGCUUCAUCCUCGGUGUUGCCGGAUAUAUUCGCCAGAUAGUUGGUAAUUUGGACGAUAGUUGGAAAGUGGUGAACGUCUGACUUCUUCUUCCGUGUUGUUACUACUGUAGGUUUCGCCGACCACAUUGGUUCAAGGUUUCCUGUGAUUCUUUAGCGUUGUUCGUAGGUUCGUGCAUCAGUUCGUGCGUUGCUACACCGGUUCAAGGUUUCCUGCAAGUCUUUAGCGUUGUUCAAAUCGUGCAUCGGUUCGUGCGUUGCAUCUGCUCUUUGAUACUAGAGGCUCAGGAUAUUACUGAUUUAGGCUCUCUGAAUCAAGCAGCAAAGAUCUUUAUUCCAGGAACUAAAAUAUGAGUUACAAGACUAAAAGAACAUUGGUAGCUAUUAACGAAGGGUCGAGUAUUGCUGCAUCCAAGUCCCCAAAAUCUUCUGAUCCAUCCACCCAAAACUGGGGACCGUUCAGUCUUCCAACACUUGGAGUGUCACAGACAUUUGGGACGGUAUCACAACCCAUUAAGCAACCAGUAGCUGCUAAAAAAACCAUGGUUGCACCACAAUCAUCCUUGCCUCGGCCUACUUCCAUGGUUUCAAAGCCACAACUGAAGGCAUUAUCAAAACCAUCCUUUACCCAGACAAAACCAUCCUCUAACCCACUACAACAACCAAUUCUGCCCACUCUUACAGGAACAACACAAAGUAGAUGGUAUAAAGGACCUACGUUUCCCAAUCUGACUGAAAUUGCAACACAAAAAGCGUCAACACCGAAUCCACACCAGCCUACUAUGCAGCCUGUGUUGCAGCCUUUCAAAGCUACCUUGCAGCCUUCUUUGCAGCCUUUCAAAGCUUCCCAACAGCCUCAAACAGCUACCAAUCAGCCUCAAAAAGCUACCCAUCAGCUUCACAAAGCUACACAACAGCCUCAAAAAGCUACACAACAGCCGGUAUCUUCUUUUACAAGUGUCAAACCACAUUUAGAGAAAAGAGCAUUUGUUGCACCUUUGGGAGCAACAAAACAUGUGAUGUCACAAUCUCCUACACCACCAGACACCAUGGCAAUGAAAAAGAGAACCGGGAAGCAAGAAGGUCAGUUGCCUCCAACAUACAUGCAUGUGAGUGAGAAUGCAUUUCAACCUCUGCGAUCUCCUCCAUCCAAUCAGGUUGAGAGUGAAGUUAUGCCAAACUACAACUGGGACGAAUUUGAAGAAUCGGCUUCUGAGAGUGAAAAUGAAUUUGAUCAAGGAGAAGGAAGUGAUACUGCUGUGAAGAAAGCAACACUUCGACAUCGAAUCAUUAUUCCAAAUUGGCCAGAAUCGAGGGAGUUUGAUUAGAAGGUGGAGGCUAUAGCUAUAGAUGCUGAUGGAAUACGACAUCUGGUAAAGGGACCAGUUCUGCCUCGAGACGUUUGGCAUGAUGCAAAGGGGUUCAGAUACAUUGUCAAGCUCAAUGAAUUCAACCAACCUAUUCGAAAAGGAAGGAAGAUCCUUGUGAGCUUCCUUAUUGCAAAAAAUGAUUCACUUUGUCCAGUGGGAGUCCCAAGUUGGCGUGCUGUGAACAAUCAGUUAAAAACUAAUGUUGUUACAAUGAUUCGGAAACAUUUUGUGUUACCUGAUGGACCUCUAGUUAACAAGGCACUAGUGAUGCGUAUUGACAAACCAUGGAACAAUCAUCGAUACAAAUUGAAGAAGGAUUUUUUCGAUCCAGUGAAUAAAUCUCGAGAAGAGAACUAUGCCAACGUGCCUGAGGGAGUGUCCACUAGGAGUUGGACGGAAUUGGUAGAUUAUUGGCUUUUACUAGAGGCCAUGGAAAAAUCUGAAAUGGGAAAAAAUGCUCGAGCUUUACAAGGCAAUAAGCACAACAGUGGUGCUACAAGCUUUGCUAAUCGAAGAGUUGAUAUGAAAGAGAAGAAAGGAGUGUUUAGCGAAUUGGCAUUUUUCAAAUCAGUUUACGCCAAAGAAGAUGGAAGCUUUAAAGAGGGCACACUUCCUCAUCAAUUUGUGGAGGAUGCCAACAAAAAGGUCCAAGAAAAUCUUGCGAGUUCCUCUUCUUCAAAGCCCGUAAUUGAAAUUGAGAAUGCAGUCUUUAAUGAGCUCAUGUAUAAAGGUGAAGUACCUAAACGUCCUCUGAAUUAUGGAUUUGGAGUGAAGCAAAGCGACAUCUUUGGAGUGGAAGGUUUGCUGAGGAAAGAAGGGUCAAGCUAUGUUAACAACAAUGCUAUGGAAGUGGAGAACAUGAAAGGUGAAAUAUCAGUUGUCAAGAAGCAAAAUGAGGACCUUGCGCAACAAAAUCAAGUUCUGAACACCAAGUUUGAAGAAACAACACAAUCAUUUAAAAUGAUUGCUUCUUUUUUGGGACAAGUUUUGAAGGAAGUACGCAAAGGGAAUGUUUCAUCGAACCUUUUAGAUGGUGCGGAAUCAGCAAUAACUAUGGUUACUGAUGAUUCUGGUGGCAAUGGUAACAACCAGGUCGAGAAAUGAGACUUUGACACUAUUGCCAAAUGCAAGAUUAUUGAUGAUUCAAGUGGUAAUAGUAAAUGUAGAUCAAGAGAUGAACAAGUUAUCUUGAAGCUAAGCUAGCAUAAGGAUAGGUUUACUUGUUCGUAACCUUGUUUUUAUUUAGUUUUGGACUAUCUUGUAGAAAAAAUGAUAAUGCUAGUUAGAAAGUUAUUUUUGUUUUAAAACUAUCGCUUUUAUUUCAGUUUGACUAGACUCUGCGAAUUAAUUUAAUGUAUAGAUGAUUUUUAUCACUUUUUCUAAAUUAACUACUUAAGUAUAUAUAUG